AUGUUUGGCUUCGUGGCAGACCUCAUCUCCUCUGUGACCUGCAUCAUUCUACCUGCCUAUAUCUCAUACAAAGCCCUCCGCAGUCGAGACCCCGCCCAGUCGCACCCAUGGCUGAUCUACUUCACCGUUCUCUCGCUCGUCCAGCUUGCUGAUGCUUACACCGUUUUCAUAACGGGCUGGAUACCCUUCUUUGGCAUUGUUCGUCUAUUCUUUAUGCUAUACCUUGUUCUGCCGCAGACGCAGGGCGCCAAAAUCAUCUACCUUAACUACCUCGAGCCUUACGUUGUGCACCACGAGAACCAGAUCGACGAAUUUAUCACUUUGGUCCACAAUCAGCUCAAUUCCGUGGGCUUCGGUUACCUCAAUGUCAUCAUUGAGUUUGUAAGAGAGAAGGUUCUCCGUCAACAAUCUCCCCAACCACCCCCGCAACAGACUGGUGCAGGGAACUAUAGCAGCUACGCAAACGACUUGAUGUCGCGGUUCCUCAUGCCUCAGGCCCGCCCCUCUGCGGAUCAACCAGUCGGUGGCAUCUACGGUGCCCUGUCCGGCUUCGCAUCUUCUGCCCUAGCUGGCACGGCCGGUGGCCGAACCCGUGGCAUGGAUGAUGCAGCCUCAGUCCCGGAUUCGCUAGCUACAGAUGCCAGCAACAAGGACUCAUCCCAGCGUGCUAAGUACAUCUCCGAUCAACGCGAACGUCUGACCGGUAUCUUAAGACAGCUUGAAAGCGAACAGCAGAACAUUGAUCUGGCGUACGGCUCCGCUGGAAGCAUGCCCAAAUCUCGCUCCGCAACCUCCUUCGUCAAUGUCGACCAUGAUGACUUCCAGCCGCCACCACCUGUAACUGGCAAGAACAGCAGUAGGAACAGCAGCGGCGGCAAUUGGGGCCAGGCUGCGCAAGCGGCAGCAGGAUUCUUUGGCGGCGAUGAUAAAAAAGGGGGCAGAGAGUCGAGUGGGUGGAGUGCUGCACGCGAUAUUACCGCUGCUAUCUCUAGUGGCCUGGACAGAGACGACAAUAAGGGCGACAGGCGGAGAUAG